AUGGCGCACCCCACCCUCACAACAACAACCACAAAAACAACAAUAUCCACCCUCAAAACCCCCUCCCGAUUCCUCUUCAUCGCCUCCAUCGGCAACCCCCGCCCGUAUCUCAAAACGCGCCACAGCGCCGGCCACGUCCUCCUCGAUGCCCUCACGCCUCUCCUACCUGGCCGAUUUCCCCUCGUGUCGGGAAACCCGAACGUCGCGACGGGUCCGGUUUUCCAUACCACCUGGCAUAGCUCGUCGUAUAUGAAUGAGUCUGGGCCGAAGCUUGUGCGGCAGUUGAGUAAGUGGAUGGGCGCGACGCAGACGGAUGUGUUGGAGAGGGUGGUGAGGUCGGGGCAGAUUGCUGUCGUGGACAGGGGCGCGGACUGUGACGCGGAGCCUGAGCCGCAAACGCAGCCACCCGCCGGACCAAAGAACCCAGGACAGAAAAGACAAGCCCACAGUCAAGAACCGGAAUGGUAUCAACGCGGCAUAGACCCAUCCGCCCUAACCCGAGUCCACCCCACGUUAGUAAUCCUGCACGACGAGCUCGAGGCGCCAUUAGGGAAAGUCAAAGUGCGACGGGGCGGGCCCGAGACGGCGAGUCUGCGCGGCCAUCGCGGGCUGAUCAGCGUGAUGGAGAGUCUGCGCGGGAAAGGGCUGUAUCCGCCGCGGAGGGCCGGCGAUAAUAAUACUGGCGUCGCGGGCGAUCUGGCGGUCUUGCGGGUCGGCGUGGGUAUUGGGCGUCCUGACACGCGCAAUCGAGGCGAUGUUGCGAAUUUCGUGCUCACGGAGAUGGAUGCCGCGGAGAUGAAGGCGGUUAAGGCGGCGGCGAGGCCGGUGUUGGAUAUUUUGGCAGACGAGAUGUAUCGGGGGGGAUAG